AUGCUCUCGACACAUUCUCAGCAAGAGGCUUCUCCAAAACUCGGAGGAUCUACAUCUUCUUCUACCGACAUGGCAUCUCAACAACCGAAUAAUAAUCAUUUGUCUUCUACUUUACAUCCAGAAGAACCAGAAUGGCUGAAAACUCGACAAUUCUUAUCUCAUGACUUUCUGAAGAAACAUCCCGAUGUUGUACAGCAACACAAUUCCACAAAUUUCUCAAACACCAACACAUUAGAAAAUUUACCAUCCAAAGUUCAAGAGUACAUGAUCAUUGAGGAAUUAUUCAAUUGCUUGAUGGGGUUUGAAGGAAAAUAUAUCAAAUGUGUGUCGGAACAUGAUCACGAUCAAUUAAUGUCUGAAAAUGGAACGCUCUUGAUGGAUAAAACCAUUGACUCGUUCAAAUAUUCUCUGAAUUGUGUGAUAGAUUCCUCUCUAACGGAUUUGGUAAAUAGAAUACUACCUUUAUGUGAAAAGCAUGCAAGAGUUUGCAAUUUUUUCGACAAAAGAGCUAGUUACGAAAAUGGAGUUGUCUGUCAAGCCUUUUGCUCUGCUUUACGAUCUCUUGAAAAAGAGUACAUGAUGUUCAUUAACCAAUUAGACUUGUUAUUCAAACAGGAUCAAGUCAACCUUCAAAAACUGUAUUAUCAUUUGCAAAGCGGAGCAUGGAAAACCAUGGAUAUUCUUGACAGACUAAUUGAAGAAAUCACAAAAGAAAACGCUAAAGGAGGAUCACUAAUUAACAUCAUACAACGAAUUUCUAAAUCUAUUAGUACAGAUGACAAAACUCAAAAGCUUUUUAACUUUAUUUUAAGCAAGUCGUGUGCUCCUUAUUUUGAAAUGAUUGAAAGCUGGAUAUUUAAAGGAGAAAUUGAGGAUGUUUUUGGAGAAUUUUUCAUUGAGGAAAACAAACAAAUUGUGAAGGAACAGCUCGUUAGAGAUUUUAAUUCAAGCUAUUGGGAGUCAAAAUACAGUAUAACGAGGGAAGUUCCAUUCUUCCUCUCAAAAAUUAGUGACAAAGUUCUGGCAUGUGGAAGAUAUUUGAGCUUGUUGAGUGAAUGUGGACAAAAAUUUGAAAAGAAGAUUGUAGACAAGAUUAAUUUUGUUGACGGAAAAGCACUAUCUAUACUGGAAGAGGCGUAUGCAAGUGCAUGUAAACAAAUUAUAGAUUACUUCUUUGGAAAGGUCAAGUUAUUGGAUCGUCUCCAUUCUCUCAAACACUAUUUUCUGUUCGACCACGGAGAUUUCUUUGUGCAUUUCAUGGACACAGCAGAGCAAGAGAAUGAGCUUGCAAAGAAGAGCACAGAAGUUUCACUCUCGAAACUUCAAUCCUCGAUUGAUUUUGCUGCCAGAACAUGCUCCAUUCCCAAUGAUGAAUAUAGAGAUGCUCUUUCUUGUAGUUUAAAACCACUGAAUUUGGCAAGCUUUUUAAGCAUUAUCAAGCAACUCUCUUCUUCGAAUCGAUUAGAUGCAGCACUGUUGGAGCAGCAACAAUUACAAGAAUCAGCGGCAAUUGAAGGAUACGAAGCCUUUUGUCUCGAGUACAAUGUCGAAUGGCCAAUGACACUCCUCAUUAACAGAAAGAAUUUGACCAAGUACCAAAUUCUUUUUAGGCAUAUAUUUUGCUUCAAGUAUACGGAAAGAUGUCUCUGCAAUACAUGGUCCAAUCACAAAUUCUCCAAGGAGUUGAAAUUGGGGAAAAGUUUUGCCUCAUUCUAUGCAUUGAGACACAAGAUGAUUCACUUUAUUCAACAUUUCUUAUCGUAUGCCUUGAUAGAGGUCGUGGAAAAGAAUUAUGUCGAAAUGGAGCGUAAAAUUAAGCAAGCGACCACUCUUGACGAGGUAUUGAAAAGUCACGAACAAUUUCUCGACUCCUCGCUCAACGGUUGUCUCGUCUCAUCCACUGACGCCUUCAAAUGUCUCAACAAACUUCUCACGUGCUGUAAUCUCUUUUCCAAGUACAUGAAUCAAUUCUCUUUAGCCAUUUCGAAUAACGUUGCAGAGGGACUGGCGACUGAACAAGUGGCACUCACCAAUUAUCAAACCUUUGAACAUAGACGUGAACGGCUUGCUCAAUCCUCCGAAAUUGCAAGAAACACUGCUCAUGACGACACUUACCAUCGAAGCAUGAACAAGUUCACUCAAACCUUUGAGAGUACUCUGAAUCAACUCAAAAGUCACACCUCGCACAUAUUUACCUUGUCCAUGAGCUUUGAGAAGGAAGAUACAGUUGGAACGAGUAGCAGUGUAUUUUAUUGA